AUGAGCAAGUCACUCACAAAGAAUGCUCUGACUGCUGGGAUAGCACGUAUCAGUGUGGGGACUGGCGAUACCCCAUUUGAUGUGCACUUAGAACUGUUGUGCGACCACUCGCCCCACUUUGAUGAUGUUUAUGCAGACAGAGCUCUGAAGCCUAUCACAGAGCUUCCUAUUCGUUUCCCGGACGAUAAUUCUGAUGUAUUCUCCGUACUCAUUGGUUGGAUGUAUCGUGGUCAAAUCGCUGUGAAGCCUUCUCCUCAAAGUGUGCUCUUCUUAAUUAAACUCUGGAUACUUGCUGGGAAAUUUGAAAUGGUGGAACUGCAGAACAACCUUAUCUCCCUCUGCAAAGCUCGGAUUGAUGACAAAAGUGGCACAGUUUUUGAUGACCACACAAUCCAUUAUGUCUACUCUCAUACCCUGCCCAAGUCCCCACUACGUCUGCUUGUGGUAGAUACAUGGGUGCGGAAUGCGACUAAGUCACGAUUUUUGGGCCGUGACAAUCCUCCUCGCGAUUUCCUUGAAGAGCUUUGCUGUGCCUUGAUUGAGUGGAAAGAAGGUAGCGCCGGCAGAGAAAUUCCCAUGCGAAACGAGGCGUGCGAAACUAAGCGACUUGCUACCCCGGACCAACUAAGAAGCAGGAAGUUCAAGCAUCCUUCCCCACGUAUUCGCGAGGCCUCUCCUGCGUCUUCUCUGCAUGUCAUACCACCGAUCUCUAACAGACACCGAAAUGAUCCUAACGAGCAAAUUACUUCUGACAUGAGCUCCUUACAGGUUUGA